CCAGGGUCCUGUCUGUCAUGGCGGCGUCCGGCGGAACAACUUUAAACUGUGAGGACUUUGCAAUGUUUCAGGAGGUGCUGAAGGUGAUGCGAACCAUAGAUGACCGAAUUGUCCACGCGCUCAACACCACUGUUCCCACGGUCUCCUUCUCUGGCAAAGUGGACGCCACACAAACCUGCAAACAGCUCUAUGAGUCAAUGGUGGAGGCCCAUCACAGCAGAGAGAGAGCCAUCAAGACCUGUAUAGCCCAAACAUCUGAGGUGGUGGGAGAACUGCGGGAGAGGAGAACGAAAGAUGAGGAAAACCUGGCACUAAUCAAACAACUCAGGAAGGAGCAGACCAAACUAAAGCUCAUGCAGUCCGAGCUGAACGUGGAGGAGGUGGUCAAUGAUAGAAGUCUGAAGGUUUUCAAUGAAAGAUGUCGAAUUCACUACACGCCUCCAAAAGUGAAUUAACACCAAGCUCGAGCUUUGGGGGCAGUGAUUUAUCCUGGGCCUCGAUAAUGAGAGAAUUCCUCCCAGCAGCAGAUCUUGUCUCCUUUACGUGUUCCGUUUUCGACCACCGUAGCUGUGUGCUUCCUCAGUGUGGAACAUUGUACAAAAGAAUCCGGUUUUUAAAAAAUGCUGUGUGAUGUCUUCCGGUGAAGUUUAUGUCUGAGAAUAAAAAAAAUGCU